AUUGUGUCCACGGGAGCAGCACUAGAGAGACAAACCUCGCUUACCUUUAAUAACCUAACCCGUGUCAUUUCACACUGAAACCACCGCUACAUUCGGCAAAGGAGGACCUCUGAAUUAUGAAGCAAUGCUCCGCUGGACCCUCUCUGUCCUGCUCUAGUUACCACAACUCCUGCUGCUCUACCGCAACCGAGUGCGCUUCUGCUGCUGCUAGUGGUUUGGCUGCCUCCUAAAGGGACAAAAAGGAGAAUUCGCAGUCCUCAUCAGCUGUUGUCUAGUCACAUAUGGUGCAUCAUUUGCAUUCCCGAGUCGACAUCCCUACCGCUCAGCUUCUUGCCAGCCUGUGGCACUCAUAGGGUUCAUCAACACAGGAUAUUAAUAAGCGUGUGCAUUUGUUUUGCCUGGAUUGCACACGCUAAAAGUCUAUUUUGUUUUUAGUUUUUCCUCUCCACUGCCACACGGGUGGUGGCAGGACAUCAUAGGCCAUGGAGCCCAAUAUGGAGUACUGUCUGACCCAGGUGCUACAGAAGGAUGUGGCCCGCAGGUUGCAGAUGGGUCCCGAGCUCAUUGACUACAUCACAGAUACAGACAAGUGUCACGACCUGGAGAGUGACCAGACUGCACUGGAUAAAAUGGUGGACGGUAUCGCCACCUCUUGGGUUAACUCCAGCAACUUCAAGUUGGCUUUGUUGGGAAUGGACCUGCUUUCUGCCUUAGUGACGAGAUUACAGGAUCGAUUUCGGCCCCAAGUUGGUACAGUUUUACCCAGCUUGAUAGAUCGGUUAGGCGAUGCCAAAGAUCAAGUCAGAGACCAAGAUCAAACCCUGCUGCUGAAGAUCAUGGAGCAGUCAGCUACUCCUCAGUACAUAUGGGACCGAAUGUUGGGGGGUUUCAAACACAAAAACAACCGGACCAGAGAGGGAGUCUGUCUCUGUCUCAUCUCAACUCUGAACACAUACGGUGCCCAAGGCUUAACCCUGAGCAAAAUUGUACCACAUAUAUGUAAUCUACUCGGAGACCCCACAAGUCAGGUUCGGGAUGCAGCUAUGAACUGCCUUGUGGAAAUAUACAGACAUGUUGGAGAGAAGGUUAGAAUUGACCUUAGCAAAAAAGGACUGCCGCAAUCAAGGUUGAAUGUAAUUUUCAGCAAAUUUGAUGAAGUCCAAAGAUCUGGGAACAUAAUCCUCUCCUCGGGUUCAGAUAAGAACUUUGAUGAUGAGGAGUCUGUGGAUGGGGGCAGGUCCUCCUCCUCUUCCUCUUCUAAGGGCUUCUCCAACAGCAGGAGAGGGGGCAGCAUGGGCUCAAUGAGAAGACCCAGUUCUGCCUCUGCAUCCAGGGCUCCAGGGAAGGACAGUGUCAGUGCAGGAGCUGUGGAUGUAGAGGAUUUUAUCAAGACUUUUGAAGAUGUACCUGCAGUGCAGAUAUAUUCCAGUAAGGAGUUGGAGGACUCCAUGAAUAAGAUCCGUGAAAUUCUGUCAGAUGACAAGCAAGACUGGGAACACCGUGUCACUGCUCUGAAGAAAGUGCGGUCGCUGCUUCUGGCUGGUGCAACCGAACACGAGGGUUUCCUUCAACAUCUCCGGCUUUUAGAAGGUGCCUUCAAGUUGUCGGCUAAAGAUCUUCGGUCCCAAGUGGUUCGAGAAGCCUGUAUCACAUUAGGGCAUCUGUCUUCAGUGCUGGGGAAUAAAUUUGAUCACGGGGCUGAAAGCAUCAUGCCUACGCUACUCAACUUGGUGCCCAACAGCGCCAAAGUUAUAGCCACAUCCGGAGUGGCAGCCAUCCGACUCAUCUUGCGACAAACACACUUCCCACGCCUUAUCCCGAUCAUCACCAGCAACUGCACUUCUAAAUCUGUGGCUGUUCGAAGACGGUGUUAUGAGUUUUUAGACCUGUUAUUGCAAGAAUGGCAGACACACACUCUAGAGAGGCAUGUGGCGGUUCUCACUGAGACCAUCAAGAAGGGGAUCCAUGAUGCUGACUCAGAGGCCAGAUCUGUGGCCAGAAAGUGUUACUGGGGAUUCCAUGGCCAUUACAGUCGAGAGGCAGAGCACCUGUUUCAGGCGUUGGAGUCGACCUAUCAGAAAGCCAUUCAAUCUCACCUCAAGAGUUCUGACAGCAUAGUGUCUCUACCGCAGUCUGACCGCUCCUCCUCAAGCUCACAGGAGAGCCUCAAUCGACCGCUGUCAGUGAAGAGUGUCAUUGGAGGCCCUGUUACAAGAAGUAAAGUGAUCGGCUCUAGGGUGUCCUCAACCCCUGGUGCCCUCCAGCGUUCCCGCAGCGACAUAGACGUGAAUGCCGCCUCCAGUGCCAAAUCUCGCAUGUCCACUGCAACCUCCCCAUCUCCCUUCAGCUCUGCUGCAGCUCUGCCUCCAGGCUCCUACGCCUCCCUGGACGGUGCACUUGGUAAAAUAGAUGGUCGUGUGCGGACGAGAAGGCAGAGCUCAGGGAGUGCGGUCAGCGCCAACAGCACUGUUACAGACAGCCGUGGUCGAAGCAGAGCUAAAGUGGUCUCUCAGUCCCAACGAUCCAGAUCAGCUAACCCCACUAGUGCCGGCAGCCGGUCCAGUUCUCCAGGGAAGCUCUUGGGACACGCAUAUGGCAGAAUUCCAAGGGCCACUGCACCAGCAACACCCUCAGACAAAUACUCGAGGAUCCCAAGAAGCCAGGGAUGCAGCCGUGAAACCAGCCCCAGCAGAUUGGGCAUAGCCAGGCUGUGUGGUAAAGCUCUUCUUCCUGCCACUUCUUCCUAUCGCACGCUAGCCCGGAGCAGUCGCAUCCCCCGUCCCAGCAUGAGUCAGGGGUGCAGCCGUGACACCAGUUGCGAGAACAGCCGUGACACAAGCCCCGCUCGGGGCUUCACUCCUCUUGAUCGCUUUGGCCUGAUCCAUCAGGCUCGCAUUUCUGCAUCUGUCAAUGCUAUGAGGGUGCUGAACACUGGCACAGAAGUGGAGGCUGCUGUGGCUGAUGCUUUGCUGUUAGGAGACUCCAGGAAUAAGCGCAAGCCUUUGAGAAGGAGGUACGAGUCUGAUGAUGAUGCCAACAGCGACGCAUCCAGUGCCUGCUCAGAGCGUUCCUAUAGUUCCCGUAAUGGAGGCAUUCCUCACUACCUGCGUCAGACAGAGGACGUUGCUGAGGUGCUAAACCACUGCGCCAGUUCCAACUGGUCUGAGAGGAAGGAGGGCCUGCUGGGUUUGCAGAACCUGCUAAAGAGUCAGCGCAUUCUCAGCCGUGUGGAGCUCAAGAGGCUGUGUGAGAUCUUCACCAGGAUGUUUGCAGAUCCUCACAGCAAGAGAGUGUUUAGCAUGUUCCUGGAGACUCUAGUGGAUUUCAUCACUGUGCACAGAGAGGAUCUCCAGGACUGGCUCUUUGUACUGCUCACUCAGCUGCUGAAGAAAAUGGGAGCUGACCUCUUAGGCUCAGUCCAAGCUAAGGUCCAAAAGGCUCUGGAUGUCACAAGGGAGUCUUUCCCCUUCGACCAACAGUUUAACAUCCUAAUGAGAUUCAUUGUUGAUCAGACUCAAACCCCCAAUCUAAAGGUGAAGGUGUCCAUCCUGAAAUACAUUGAGUCCCUAGCACGGCAGAUGGACCCUGCAGACUUUGUGAAUUCAAGUGAAACAAGAUUAGCUGUGUCUCGCAUUAUCACCUGGACCACUGAACCCAAGAGCUCUGACGUUAGAAAAGCUGCCCAGGUGGUGCUGAUCUCACUCUUUGAGCUGAACACUCCUGAGUUCACCAUGCUGCUGGGUGCUCUGCCUAAAACUUUCCAGGAUGGAGCCACCAAGCUCCUGCAUAGCCAUCUGAAGAACUCAAGCAACACCAGCAGUGUGAGUUCACCGAGCAAUACAAUGGGACGCACGCCACCCCGGCACCCCACCAGCAGGACUAGUCCUCUCACCUCGCCCACAAAUUGCUCCCACGGGGGUUUGUCACCCAGUCGGUUAUGGGGAUGGAGUGUCGAUGGGCUCUUAAAGCACCCUUCUCCCUCUCCUCCUCCUCCUACUCCUCCGUCUCACCCCUCUAUUCCUGCCGGCCCCUCCCUCAGGGCCUUCCGCUGCGCGCUCUCACCAAGUAUGCUGGAGUAUGACACAGAGAACAUGAAUUCUGAUGAGAUCUUUAGCUCGCUGCGCGGUGUCACAGAAGCCAUCCAGAGCUUCAGUUACCGCAGCCAAGAGGACCUGAAUGAGCCAAUCAGACGCGAUGGGAAGAAGAAUGAUGUUGCUGGGAAGGAAGGGUUCUCUCCGGGGUCUGAUGCAAGACUGGGGUUGGAUGUAAUGGAAGGGGGUCGAACCGCUUUGGAUAACAAGACAUCUUUGCUUAACACACCGUCCCCGCGGUCUUUCGCUGUGCCACGGUCAAGGGAGUUUGCACCCUAUGGCUAUGGAGACACGAUCACGGCCUAUGACAAAAGCGCCCUGAAGGAGGCCAUUUUUGAUGACGACGUGGAGCAGUUCCGAGACUGCCGUCGGCAAGACUGUGGUGAGAACAAGAUGGUGCUGCCCAAGGGCUUUACUCCUGAUCUGGUGGCAGACUUACUGAAGGAGUUGUCUAAUCACAAUGACCGAGUGGAGGAGAGGAAGGGGGCUUUGAUCGAGCUGUUGAAGAUUGCUCGUGAGGACAGCCUGGCUGUGUGGGACGAACACUUCAAAACAAUCCUAUUGCUGCUAUUGGAGACACUCGGGGACAAGGAUCACACUAUCCGUGCUCUGGCGUUACGGGUUCUGAAGGAGAUUCUGAGGAACCAGCCAGCACGCUUCAAGAACUAUGCAGAACUCACAAUCAUGAAGACACUAGAAGCCCAUAAGGACUCUCAUAAAGAGGUGGUUAGGGCGGCUGAAGAGGCUGCCUCUACGUUGGCUAGCUCCAUUCACCCAGAGCAAUGCAUCAAAGUGCUGUGUCCCAUCGUACAGACUGCAGACUAUCCCAUCAACCUAGCUGCUAUUAAGAUGCAGAGCAAAGUGGUUGAGCGCAUUGCCAGGGAGUCGCUGCAUCAGCUGCUGCCAGAUAUCAUCCCUGGCCUCCUACAAGGCUAUGAUAACACAGAGAGUAGUGUUCGCAAGGCCAGCGUGUUCUGUUUGGUGGCCAUCUACUCUGUGAUUGGUGAGGAGCUGAAGCCACACUUGGCCCAGCUCACGGGCAGCAAGAUGAAGUUGCUAAAUCUGUAUAUUAAGAGGGCCCAGACUACCAACAGCAACAGCAGCAGUUCUUCAGACAUGUCGUCUCACAGCUAGCCGGAUGUACUCUAAUCAGUGCCCUACACGUGCAUUUGGGAACAUAGUUGUGCCUCCUCCAGAAUCCUUUUUUUUUUAUUGCUUCAUCACAGUCUUGCUGGAUUUUCCCAGAGAGAUAUGUUGCUCACUGCAAUCAGAACUUUUCUUUUCAUCCAGCUCCUGGAAACCUCUUAGUGUCUCAUGCAUCUUUCCAUCUGUGAAACAUUGAAUGUAAAGAGGUUCGGAUCGAGAAAAAUGCAUGCCGGCUUUUUGAUAGGGAACAGAUCUUCCAUGAUUGGCAUUGCUUCCAUAAUUGGAGCAAACAAGCUAUCUUCAGCUUCUGAAGAGGUGAUUCGUUAACUACAUUUAUUAGUAAUAACUUAUUCUUGUUUGCAAGUGGUGUUAAAGGUUUAAUUGAGUUAUUAGGAUAUUUUAAAUGGACACAAUUUGGGUUAACUAAUACAUCACUUGAAUUUCAAUUAAUGCUAGUGGAUCAUUUGGCUGGCCGAGUGAUAAAUGUAAAGAAAAGAGAAAAAUGUAAGUAAUUUGUAGGUUUGGCUACAAUGACAACCCAAAAAAAACAAAAAUGUAGGAUUAAAACAUUCUUAUAUUCAUUUUUAUUUCAUGGGACCGCAAUACCACAUCCCAUAAUGUUGAAAGUGUAGGAAAUUGUUUGUUUCCAAGUCUUUAAGAAGGCUAAUGUAAAGCAAUUGUGUUGAUUUUAUUAUAGGAUGGAUUAGGUGUUAAAAAUGUGGGCCACACUACAGAAUACAAGGACAAACUUCUGAAUGUAGAGCUGUUCCUUUCAUCUUUGGGGAAAAAAGCAAAGGGUUUUGUGAGUAAACAUGCAAGCCACAACACACUUGGAUAUUUAAAAGUUCACACUCAGUGGAGCUGGAAACAUGACCAGGGGCAUCUUCAGACAAGAAACAAUUAAUGAAAUCAAACCGAUUUACACUUUGUUCUUGUAGCAAGAGGAUUGUGAUGGAAAUUUCAAAACUACUAUGCCUUACGUUCCUUUUUCUGUUUUCAAAACUCAGACUGUAUACAUGUCCACAGGCAUUCGUACUACACUGCUAAAGCAUGUCUACGACGCUAAUAAUGAAAACCCUCUAAUCUGGCUCAAGAACUAGAGGUGAUGUGAUGUUCUCUGAAAGGUCUGAACUCUUUCUUUUUCCUUGUUCAUCUGGAGAUUUUUUUCCAUCUGAUGUUAAGUGCUGGGCGUUUACUGUUUUGUACAUACCUUUCAAUCAUUGCUCCCCCCCACCCCCCCCCCACACACACACACACACACAAACAAAAUUAAGGUAAAAAAGGUGUUGCACUCUUUUGCACGUUAACAAAUAGCCUGCAUGUUUUGAUGACGUAACCAUCCUGUGCUGCCGUGACUGACCUAGGUUUGGCUGUUUGUGCCACAUCAGCGGUCUGGUCGGUCUGUAAAUACAGUAUUAUUAUUGUUAUUAUUAAUAUGUUGCCCAGGUGGGGAAGUAGACCAGUGCAAAGCUCAAAUGGGUCUCACAGAUUUGACCAAAAUGUCUGUUUGUCCUCAGGCUGUGAACCAGACCAUAUUAGAAAUUAAGGACAGACAUUUGAAAGCACCCUACUUUCCUUAAGUAUUAUAUACUGGGGCAUGUGGCUUUUAUUGGUAUGCUAAGUGUGCGUACCCUUGUUUGAUGCAGC